UGGGGUUAAAAUGUUCAGAAUUCCAGCAGGAUCUCACCCAUUCCAAAAAAAAUCGCCAACGUCUAUGGCUACAAGCCAUCAAACGUGUAGACUGGGAUGAAAGCACCAUCAAAAAUGCGCGGGUUUGCAGCGCCCACUUCAUCACAGCUGUACUGCAAGCCGUUUGCAAAAAUGGGGGACGACAAACCUUUUGUGUGCAACGCUCCCGGCUGCGGGCAGAGGUUUACCAACGAGGACCACCUCGCUGUCCACAAGCAUAAGCAUGAGAUGACGCUGAAGUUUGGACCUGCCCGGACAGACUCCGUCAUCAUCGCAGACCAGACGCCGACUCCCACUCGUUUCCUGAAGAACUGUGAAGAAGUGGGCCUGUUCAACGAGUUGGCUAUGCCCUUCGAGCAGGAGUUCCGUAAGGCCCAGGAAGAUGAUGACAAGAGAGCCAAGAACCCUCUGCCUGCCCCUGGCUCUUCAGCUCUGGACAUGAGUCUGCAGACGCCCUCAGACGUUGUUCGAGUGAAGGAAGAGGAGCCUGUCGAGGUGGACUCCUCCCCUCCCACGAGUCCAGACUCCAUCUCCAGCAAGUCAGACAGCAACACGGAGGCCACAGCCAGGGGAAUGGAAUCCCCAUCUAAACCAGUAGCAAGUUCUGCUCCUAUGCCCACUAUCGUCCGUCCUGGCUCUCUUCCCCUGCACCUUGGCUACGACCCGCUGCAUCCCACCAUGCCUUCACCCACCUCGGUCAUCACACAAGCCCCGCCCUCCAGCCGCACCCUCGGGUCUCCAACUGGUCCGUACCCAAUGAUGCUGCUUUCCAACGGCCAACCAGUUCCCAUGCUUCCCGGCCCAGUCCAAAUGUCUUCCGUAAUAUCCCUGGCUAGGCCCAUGUGUAUGGUGCCGAACAUUCCAGGAAUCCCAGGGCCUCCGCUAGGUGGGAGUAGUAGCGGCUCCUCCUCUCCAUCUGGUUACAACCCCCAUACUGAGGCUAAAAUGCGGCUGAAGGCGGCAUUGUCUCAGCAGACCACAGCAGCCUGUGUGAGUGUGGCCAUGGGCUCCGGUGCCAUGGUGCCACAGAGGAUGGAGCAGAGCCAACUGUUGGUGCAGCAGCCUGAUGCCCCAUCCCCUGCACAGCCCCAGGUUUCUCCAGCCCAGCCCACAGGCGGGCGGCGACGACGCACAGUGGAUGACGACCCAGACGAGAGGAGACAGCGCUUUCUGGAGCGCAACCGAGCAGCCGCGUCCCGCUGCAGGCAGAAGCGCAAGCUCUGGGUGAGCUCUCUGGAGAAGAAAGCAGAGGAGCUGACGUCAAUGAACGUCUCGCUCACGAAUGAGGUGUCUCUGUUACGAAACGAAGUGGCUCAUCUGAAACAGCUGCUGUUGGCCCAUAAGGACUGUCCUGUCACCAACUUGCAGAAGAAAGCUGCGUACCUGGGAGAAGAAUCCAUGAAGGAGGUGUGCGAGGCCACAGGUUCUCCAGCUCCAGUGAUCCAGCACAGCUCCGUGGCGCUGAGUCCCUCAGGAUCGUCAGGGCCGAACGGCGUGAGCUCACGGGCGGCUGCCGAGGCCGUCGCCAUGUCUGUGCUGGCCGGCAUGGGCACCCAGCGGGCAGAGAGCGGGCCCUCGCACGUCAUCAUGACCACACAGGCCCAGCCCUCGGCCAGAUGAUGAGCCCGGCACGAGGAGAGAAGAGGAGCGAAGGACAAGACCAGAUCUUCCCUGUCCUCUUUUUCUCCGUUCUCUGGCCCUCUCUCACGCUGUCACGCUCUUCUGGCCUGGAGCUGGCCCAGACAAUUUUGGGAAUAAAACUUUGGAGAACGAAAGAGCUUCCUGUUCCCUUUGCCAUAGACUACGGGGGCUGGACUCCGAUCCUCAUCCUUAUUCUCAUCCAAAAUCCUUACUAACUCCACUUUCGCGCCAUCAUCCCUGCCCUCCUCAUACUCAUCUUCACUCUCCUCAUUCUUCAGCUGAACUGUAAGACAGAACAGUGCUUCCUGAAGGACUGACAUGGUGACCGUGAUCUGAUGCAUAGCACACGUGCGUCUUAUUUACACGUUCAUACAGCAGUGUGGAUGGCUGAUCAGUGGCAGCGAUUGAAAAGGAAGUGCUGCCACAGUGUGUGCGCGCACGCACGUGUGAUUGGGUGGGCAAUACGGUAAAAAUAUCAGCUCGCGAUACACGUACCAAAGCAUUCGGUACCAACAAAAACAGUGAAGCCUUUUUAUGAAAAAUGAUGAUCUGAGCUUAGAGAUAUCGAUCCAGCACUUCACAGAGCAAAAGUACUGAAUGAGGAAAGAGAAAAUUACAUCAACAAUUCAGGAUUUUAACUUCCAGGAGUAAAUGUGUCGCUUUAAAAGCACUGACAGCUGACGGAUCCGUGGACGUGCUUAUUUUAUUUCGUUUUAUUUUUGUAUUUCUUAGCGUGCACAUAAAUAGGAAAUUCCUUCAUUUUUUUUUCCACAAAAAUAUUUAAAAUGUUAACUCUUUCUUCAGUUUCAAUAAUUUCUCUUUUGUUUCAUCACACACAGUCGAGAAAAUGCAUAUUUAUGAACUCAGAUAUGAAAAGAGCGCCCCCUGCAGGACAUUUCCCAGCUUUCACAAGUACCGAAACUCCAGUCUUGAAGCGUACUCGGUUUCAUUCAGUUUUCAUAAAAGCUACGAUCAGCAUAGGCUCAACAGAGCAGAAAUAAUCCAUUUGAUAUUUUAAUCCAUUUAAAAUAUUCUGAAACUGCAGCAAACUGGAAAAUCCUCCACGUCGUCGUCCUUUACCAUCAUCACCUUGCUGUUUUUUUUUUUAAAAGCAGAUAGUUCAUUAAUUUUCACCCUAAAAUGACUCUGAAGUGCUGAGGGUAAGAUUUCUUAUUGUAAAGUCAAAAGCUCUUUGAACCUGUCAUUUGCAUAUAUAUAUAUUUUUUUUUUCCCCGAUCUUAAAACGAACAAGGAAUGAACGCACCAUCGAGGCCCUAAAACUACUUGCUGAAGUGGAUUGUGAUGUUUUAGUGUCGCGAUAUUGAUAUUUUACCAUAUUGACCAGCCCUGGGGUGGGGUGGGGUGGGGUGGGGUGGGGUGGGGUGUGGUGUGGUAGUGUGCAUGCUCACACUUACUGCCUUUCACAUUUUAUUCACAUGAAUGAGGUUAAUGAUUGCACCACCACUCUGCAAUACUUUUAUGAAAGGAAAAAAUAUUCCUGUGUGUUGGUUAAAUCUGGUCCCUCGCAUUUUAGCUCCGUUUGCAUUUCAAGAAGACCAAGAGAUCGCCUCGGCUGAACUUCACCAAGCUCUGACCUCAUUUCUACCCCUUUAUAAUAUGUUUCAUAUGCAAAGCAUUUAUAAUUGGCGAGAAUAUAGUGUGUGUGUGUGUGUGUGUGUACAGGAAUGUACAUCGGCGUAUACCAGUUUAUAAUUCAUGGGACUGAUACACUAAUGUUGGCAAGCUUUAUUUUUAUGCUGUUUGCUCUAUUUUUGGCACAUCCUUCUAAACGUUGCUCGAUGACGUUUUUUUUGGUUUUCCUUGUAGCCUCGUCCCCCCCCCCACCACAACUCGUGCCAGAAACUGGCUCAUGGUUGCAUUUCAUCGUUAAUCGAAAUCUCCUUGUUGGGGUUCCGAUGUUGCGUCGGAGUUAAACGAUGGUGCCGGAGUGUCUGGCGCAUUUUAUUUUCUCCUUGUAAAGUUAUUAACCGUACGUUCAGGCUGCGUCAGAGCCGAGCCUCGGAAAAGUCCAGCUGUUUAUCCGUUUCGCCUCUGAUUAUUUUCAUCUUGUUCUAUUUUAAAUAGAACGAGGCGUUCCUGAGCCUUUUGGUUUUAAAAACCAAAACUGAAUCGUGACCGCGUCUUCAGGCGACAACGAAGACGUUAAUCCAUCUUGUCUCUAUAGAAGGCAUGUUCUGAUGAUCAGUUAUCUGAUAUAUCGCAAUAUUUCACACAAUAUUGACAUCGUAGAUGCUUCAGAGCAUCAUUUAAUAUCUCUACGUUCCGUUUGAGAGAAGAUUACCUACGUAGGCCAAAUUAAGCUUUAGCGUUCAUUUGUUAUAUUAGCAAGUAUAACUAUUUCUAAAAUUGAAUGAUGUGCGAAAGUUUGUGCACCGCCUUUCAAAGUUUAUAGCAGGAGCAUUCGCUAUAAUGGCUUUGUUUAAUAUCGGUACAUGCCUACUAUACUCGCUCGUUAACACACACUCUCAGGCUCAGAAAUGCAUUUAAAUGCACAUCCUGUCGUGCUGCUCGAUCAAAAAUAUUCUGCCUUAACACUUGCUGCAGUGCCUCGAAAGCCCUGUUCAGGUUUCACGGUUUUCUGGUUGCCCACAGACGUCUCUGUGCCAAAUAUAGGAAUCAACCAGGACAUUUUUAAAAAGCUUUAUAUUUGUUGCAAUACAAAAUAUAAUUACAGAUGCCUUUGUAGGUCUUGAAACCGCAGGGAGAACAUGAACAGCUCGUACUGUUCGUGUAUUGUGCUCUUUACUGCCAUCUGGACCUGAUUCGAUGUUGCGGAGUUGCAAGACUUUACGAAGAGGUGACAGGAAACUGGACUUUUUUUUUUUUUUUUUUUUAACUCAGAGUUCCCUUUAAUUUUAUUGCAAAAUGUAUUAUUUAAAGGGGUAGUUUGGUAAAAAUGAAAAUUUACAUCAUGAUUAGUUCCUGUUAAAUGUCGUCGAUCAGCCAAGACGUGUUUAUUUAGUGCGCGAAUUGUCGAGUCAUGGAAAUCUCUCACGUUUGCAAAAUUUCGGGGUUUCUGAGUGAUUCAACAGAAAAGCGUUGGCUCGUCGUCUGGAGAUCGUCAAAUCGAAUCCCGAACUCGCCGGGAGUCAAGGGAGGAAAGAUUUCCCGUGCCGUCGCAGCGGGAGGGAUCGCGUCGUCUCUCCGCUGCCAAUCACGGGCGUCUGUGCUUCGAGGAAAUAUGGAAUGGGGGAAUUUGCUUUACUUUGUAGCUCCAUGAAGUUUUAAUUCAUUUUUAUAGACUAUAGUAGAUCAUACUGAAGUCUGUAAUGUGUGUAAACUGGAUGCAUUUUGAUUUCUGAGAAAAAGAGAACGAGAGCUUCAUUACUGGUUUGCUGCGUUUGUCUUGUCGCUCCAGCGAAACGAAAGAAUCGAGCAUCUUGUCUGGUCUGAUCGAGUACAUUUGGGAGAAAUGUGAAUUUCGUGGAGCAGAUGUUUCACCCAAGUCCUCCUUUAAAUUGAACAGGGAAUGUUGAGCAGUAAUUGCGUGACUUGAAUUUCCCUUCAUCGUAUGUUUUACACGGAGUGUAAUUAGCAGAGAAUGUAACGUCGAAAUGCACUAAAAUGUUCUAGAGGUUUUAUAGAGUUUGUAUUUUAUGACCUUUGCUGCUGCUGUCCUUCACACAGCAUGUCCAGUGUCAACAUGCGUUUUAAUUCAUGUUCGUGUCAGGUUCAAGGAUUUCACAGCAGCCACUUGACGCUUAUCUCGCAGUACGAUGACGCUCCGUUCGUGCCGGACUGAGCGAUGUGGCUUUCACGCUGGCGCUGUUCUCAGUCUUUCGUGUUCUCGUAUGGAAAAGAGGAGGGCAGGGAAAACUUUCAGCUUUCAUAUUAAAUAAUGAUUGCCGGCACUUUUUUUUUUCCCCUACAUCUGUUCUUUAUUUUGUGCAGCAAGGACUGUCGUAAUAAAUGCUUCUUUUUAACCCCUUCCCUUUUUUUUUUGUAAUACUGAAAUGUAGAGCAUUUUAGAUUUCCAUGUUUUUCUUCAUGAGCGUCUGUCUUUAGUCACUGCGUAAUCAUAUUUUUCGCAGAUGUGGGUUUUUCUGUUUUGUUUUUGAAGAAUAGUAAGAAUGCUGGAAGAAGAGAGAUGUAGCCUUUUAGAUUUUAUGGGACUGUUUUCACCUCCCACUCGUUUUGACAGCAGAUUUUAUUCCCCAGAAAUUUGGCCCUUGCCUGUUUUUUUUUUUUCUUUUCCUUU